CAGGUGUCCACAGCACAGCCAAGUCAGCAGCUGAGUGAGCUUCUCUGAUCAGCUCCGGGCAGGAAAGAAUUUCAGCAUUGGAACGGAAUGGCUGCUGGGGAAAUGAGCAUCAUAGUUGAAAGCAAGACUCCUGAGCUGGUUCUAAAUGUAGGAAAAAUCACACUUCCUAUGAAAAAUAGGAAGGGAACGAAGGAUGACGACAGGACACAGCAGAAUACAAAGAUUUUAAGAGCUCUGUGUGCUCUGCAAAAUUCUGGAGGGGGAGAGAUCAAGGCUCAAAUUGAAAAUCAAGACAAUAGCCUCACCACACGUGAAAUAAAAGAAAAUUUGGAUACCUUUCUUCAUGCUGUUAUGCUCCCUGUUUGGAAACUACACUAUAAACUAGAAGGAUGCUACUUGUCCAUAUCUGUGAAACAAGAGAAUCUGGAGACCUCUGGUGAGAAGCCUGCCACCAUUGCAACCAAUUUGUACGUGAGAAAUGGGACAUCUUCUCAUCCAAUGGAUUUAGAUACUGUUCUGAUGUACUUUGAAGGCAUGGGCGACACUAGCAGAAGAGUGCCCUUAGAAAAAAGGGUGAAAGUCGAAAGCUCCAGAGAGGGUGUGCAAGAAGAGGUCCAUGUGAAAGAGUUGGCUGCUGCUCUUUUUGACCAGACAAGACUCACAAAAAUGGAAAAAUUCUCCUUUAGUGAAUCCAAAAAUGUUGAAUAUAAAUCAUUUGCAACAAAAAAGUGUUUUCAACGAGUUAAAGAGAUUCUCCCUCAAACUAUUUCUGCAUUUGCCAACACUGAUGGGGGGUAUUUGUUUAUUGGUUUGGAUGAAGACAUGCGGCAAAUAAUUGGUUUUGAAGCAGAGCGGGGAGAUCUUACGUUCUUAGAGAGGGAAAUAAAAAAGUGCAUCCAACAGCUGCCUGUCAUGCAUAUAUGUGAGGAGAAGGAGAACAUAAAAUACACAUGCAAAUUCAUCGAAGUCCAUGAUUCAAGCGAUGUGUGUUCAUAUGUCUGUGCGCUCAGAGUAGAGAGAUUCUGCUGCGCAGUGUUCACUGCAGAGCCCGAUUCCUGGCACGUGGAAGACGGCUGUGUGAAGAGGUUUACCAUGGAGGAAUGGGUCAAGAGACUGAUGAUGUGGCUAGCCAGGCUCAGGCGUGGGAAUUAGCAAUCUCAAUACACUUAGCUAGGAAAGUUGGAAAGGUUUCUCUUUGGGCCUUGGGACAAUACCAUUAGUCCUGACUUGAUUCAGUGAGUGAUCGCCAGUGGGACCUUCAAGCCUCAGCUGCUUCUGCCAUCCACGUGGGAGCACAGAUCCCUCUCUCCCUGGGUGUUACCCCAACUACCUCUACUCAUGUGUAAAGGAAGCCCUCCAACAUCUCCCCACCUGAGCUCCAUUUCAGUUGCUGUUUCUUUCAGAAAUUCUUGCCUCAGCUGUUUGCUGUUUUACUUCCCACCCCUUUCCCAUUCACCUUUCUCCCUUAACUUUCUUUCCUUUCAGUCACAUUAGUAAAUAAUACACAGCCCUAUGGUCUAUGAUGUGGAAAGUGCUGCCCUGGUGUUUUAGGUCUUGUGAGAGGAGAAGCUCAGAUGAGGCCAGACCAGCAUCAGCAACAUCUGCAAAGUUCCAGCAGCUGCUUCCAUGCCUGCAAGCUCACUGCUGCCUCACCAGCCCUGAAUCUGUUUUUCAAUAAACAGAUUGAUAAACAAACAAGAACCUCAGCGAUGGUACUCACAGUGAAGUCUUCUUUGUGAGAAUCAAUCGAUAGACUUUGGUCCAUUAGCUCUGACUUAGAAUUGGGAAUACCUUGAUUUCAAAUGACAAGCAUCAUAUGGAAAGUCAUGGAAUUAAUAAGUUCCAACUCCAGCGUCCAAAGCCAAGGCUGACAGACUCCAAAGUCCAUGUCAACUACUGCACCUCUCUGCCUCCCUGACCAUCAGAAUGAAUGACAGGCACCUCAGGUUGACCGGAACUGUUUGACCUAUGUGGAGAUGAAGAAAUGCCCUUACCGUAUUUUACAUCAACCAAAUUGUUUACUCUUAGGUACUAACAUGUCUUCUCUAAAACCUAACAUUUACUCCAGUGAUUUCCAUAGCAGGAAAUGUUCAGAGAAAUGCAUUCUCUACAGUAGGAAAAUUAAAAACAGAGUUGGCACAAAGUAUUCUGUAGUAUGGCAACUAUAGAAUGAUUUAUAAAAUAAUUUGAGAAGCACAAGAGGAAACACAUUCUUGCUCUACCCUGCCCCGACAAGGCAAGCUCUGCUUGGUUUUUACUUUGUUUGUUUUCCUAUCCAGAUGGAGUUUGGCUGAGUUUCAAUUUUUGGCACAUUCAACCUACUGCCCUUUUGGGUUGGUGGCUCCACAGCCCCUUUCUACCUCACAGAACUGGGAGAGGUUAUUUUAAAACAUUUUAGACACUGACUCUUUAAGGUUACAUCAGGCUAACCUUAAACUUAAUAUGUAGCCUAGCAUGACCUCCAACAUGCAGCAAUCGCCUUACCUCGGCCUCCCAGGCUGAGACUGAAGGAGA